AUGGUCAACAAUAAUAUUCCUCCUGUAUAUGAACGCUACCAACUCCCUCAAAUAGUUGGUAUAAGCGCAGUUGCGUAUAACUCAUUUCUGGCUAAUACUGAGAACCAUAACUUUGCUCUCGCUGGUUCGGCAAGGGUUUAUGGUUUUUCCGUUCAUCCAAAGUCGUUCGAGGUGGACUGUGACCCUAAUAAAUUUUAUUCGGAUGAAGCAGCGAACGAAUCAUUUCGUGUUCUAUGCUGGGGAUGGGUAUAUCACAAACGUGUUAGAAAUGGAAAAACAAAAGUUAGAAAUGAUUUUUAUAUCCUUGCUGGAGGUGUUGGACACGUAAUAAGAGUCAUUAAUUCUCACAAUUUCACAUUGCAUAAGACUUUGGACGGACAUCGUGAUACGGUUACUGAUAUAAGAUCUUACCACAAUUCUGACUCGCUUAUCUGCAGUGCCAGCACAAAAUUUAAUCCUAUUCCUACCCCAACUCAGUUUUGUUGUGUGGAUUUUGAUUGGCAUGAUCAUUAUGCGAUCUUAAGUUGUGGCCAAGAAAGAGGUGUGAGACGGUUCACUUUGUCAAAGGAAGCUUGGCGACCUCGAUGGUUAACGUAUAGCUCGACCCGGACCAAAGAUAUGGCUGUGUAUGGACAAGUACAAACACUUGAUGUAAACUCAAAUGUGAAAUUUUUUCAAUGUCUGGAUAAAGCUAUUUUAACAAAUUGUGAUAAUGAGGACUUGGUUCUUUUUAACUAUCUGCGUCAAGGAGCCAAUGAAAACCAGCGGACUCGUAUAGCGACAUUCCCUCCUACAACGAGUAGAUUUGAGCCUAACUUCCAUGAUGUAGUUGCAUUAGGGAACGAUCAAGGAGAGAUAACAAUUCAGGAUUUCGGGUUUCGUCGUAAUGUGUUGUUUCAGUUCCAAGACCCUCCUGGUUUACCGAUCAUAGCUACAGCCAUUUCUAAUAAUAAUAGUCUUGUGAUUACGAUCAACAAUCAAGGACAAGCUACUAUAUGGGGAAGAAGAGGAUAA